AAUCGUCACGUCCGGAUCUUUUUCUUUUCUUUUCUUCUUCUGCACGCGUUUGAAAAACAGAGCGCGUUUACAACAUAGACUGUAUGGUUUUCAGUCAGACCUUAAGAUGAUGGGAAGUAGUUUUCUGAGUGCAGACAGAGCUCGCAGUCCUCCGGUGAAAGUGUUGUCCAGCCAGCUGCGUGAAGGGACAGAGCGCCAAACAGCAGGCGGAAGGUCCGAGUAUGUUAUCAGACCACUGGGCCCCGGUGAGCAGCGCUCGUUACCGGUGUCCGUGGUCUGGAUGCAGGGGACUGUGCUGGAAGUGCAGUCCGAUCACAACACCGUGCUCAUUCUGGACGAGACCGGGAACUUUGUCGUCAGCGGCAUUAAUAGCGUGCCGAAGGGAAAACCCUGCCUGAGUGCUGGUAAAUACGUCAUGGUUAUGGGUGUCAUCCAGUCUCACAGUCCAGAGCCGGUGCUGCGUGCUGUGAAGAUGGCAGAUCUUUCUGAAAAUGCUUUGAUUCACAGGAAAAACUGGAUCUACGAAGUAGAAGAUCUCCAGCAGAUUUUGCCUUAAAUCUUUUAUUUGUUUGUGUCAUGAGACUGAUCUGGUUGUUUUUGUUCUGGUGCAGCAUUUAUAAUAUUUGCCAAGCAAACAGAGGGAACAAACAGAAAUUGCAUUACAUGCACACGAUAGGACUUUUGAGUGUGAAAGCAUACACGUAUUCAUUUAUUUAAUCAUUUUCUACAUACAUUUGAUUAAAGAAAGAAGAACUUUUGCACUGUAAUUAUGUAUAAAUGUUACACAGAUGUCUUCACUAGUGUGAAAUAAAGUUAUUUUUAUUUUUAUAUUUUUAAGAUUUAACUUUAAGUUAAAUCACAGUUUACAAUGAAAAGACAAGUACGUUAAGGUAGGCGUGUGUACAAAUACACGUCAGUGUGGCACAGAUAAUGAAUUGACUCUGGCUGAAGAAUGAUAAUAAAUAUAGAGUCGAUGUGUCACACAACUCCUUCACAUGUUCUGCAGCUGGUUCACAUUCUCCUAUAGACUCCUAAAGCACUGCUGCAGUUUGGACAGUGGUGGGUCACAUCUUUCAGACUGUCCACACAGAAGGGAAUCAGGCAGCAGCCGUAGAUACAAC